UCUCAUUUCUCCUUUUAAUUCUUUUGAAAAUCUCAUAUACACACAUAUACAAAUACAAAAUAGCAAAGCACUGGUCUUGACUGGUUUUAAUGUAAGGGACUGGAUCAUCCUGUAAACAGUAUUAACUAAUUUAUCAUUGUUAAAUAGAGCAGAAUAAUAACUGUAAAAAUGCCAGUAGCGUAAGAAAAGGCUGCUUGGUGCAAAUAUUCCUGGCCGAUUUGUAAUUUAAAAAAACUUAAAUAUAUGAGUGAGAUUUCUAUUCGAUAUCUUAGAUUAGUUUGUUUGCUGUCAGUGCGCUUUUCCUGCAAUGCGCGCUCUGUAUUUUGCAUGCGUUGUUCUUUGACGUGUAUUUGUCAAUUUGAUGUUUAACUCGAGAGGCUGAUAAAUAAAACGGGGGACGGGAAAAUAUCAUCUCCUGGUAUGUCCUUCCCCUUGCAUAUGUUCUCCUGUAUUAUGAUAUCAGAGAAGUUUUGGGUGAGGACAGGGAAGAAAGUCAAAAAGAGAAAGUGCAUAGCACUUUCAGUAUGAGAGGGAAACCCAUAACGUUGAUUUAAAUAUUAUCCAGGUGACCACAGUAAGUCAAGGUCAUAAAAUUGUAAUGUCAUGACGGUCCUGGAAAGCGCUGGGGGUGGAUUUUAUGAUCUGCAAAUAUAAUGUGCUGCUGCAGUAAAGAUGCAUUAAAAAGGUGAGUGGAGGAGGGCUAAUUCACAUACUCGGAACUGCAAUGUGCUGGCCUCACUGACGCGCUCUGCGGUCUGCCUGGCUGUUUUGGAACCAGGAACCUUUCAUUAUGGAGUAAUGUUACGCUUUGACACGAUGGACUGAACACGGAGGAAUCCAAGACCUACAGCGGCGGUGAAUGAAUGAGUGGAUCCUAUGAGCUACGUUAAUCAGGCAGUGUGCAGAAGGUUCAAGUACAAAGGCGGCGAAACAUUAGAGCCAACUUACUACGACUGCAGGUUUCCACAGAGCGUUGCCCGAAGCCACACGCUUGUAUAUGGACAUGGAGCAGCUGCGCCGGGUUUCCAACACCCGUCGCAUCACGUACAGGACUUUUUCCAUCACGGAACCACAGGUAUUUCCAACCCCGGUUAUCAACAGAACCCUUGUGCAUUGGCAUGUCACGGAGACGCAACGAAAUUUUAUGGAUAUGAAGCUCUUCCGAGGCAACCGCUUUAUGGUACCCAGCAAGAGGCCAGCUUAGCGCAAUACCCAGACUGUAAAUCGUCCAAUAGCACUAACCCUGGAGAAGGCCACUUAAGUCAGAACUCCUCUCCGAGCCUCAUGUUCCCAUGGAUGCGGCCUCACGCUCCUGGGAGACGCAAUGGAAGGCAGACAUACAGCCGUUACCAGACUCUUGAGCUGGAGAAAGAGUUCCUCUUCAACCCAUACCUCACGCGCAAGCGUCGUAUUGAAGUGUCCCACGCGCUGAGCUUAACUGAGCGGCAGGUGAAGAUCUGGUUUCAGAAUCGCCGAAUGAAGUGGAAAAAAGAAAAUAACAAAGACAAAUUUCCGGGCCAGAGAGGAGAGGCUGAAGCAGAGGCCGAAGAAGAGGGCAACGAGGACGGUGAGGUGGAGGAAGGAGAAGACAAGGAAACGGAAGAGAAAGAAGAAAGCAAGGAGUGAUUUUAUGGUCUUUUUAUGGUUAUAUGGCAGAUAUUGAAGAGGUCUCGCGAAUGGGCAAUGAAAGAGAAGACACGCCAAUUUUAUUACAAACAGUUGGGUCAAGAAGUGAGAAAAUCCCCAUCGAUACAAAAGUACCAAAACCUGCCCAAAGAAAAAGAAAAUCGGUUUUAUUUUUUAUUAUUAUCAUUUUUUUAACCAACACACGAGGACUUUUACCAUUGGCGAAAAGUGUAUCUGUCUGUGUAUUUGGCAAAUUACUCAAAGAGACAGACUAACUGAAUCACAAUAACCCAUCGUUUUAGUAAGGGAAAUAUAAGCAGCAUGAGAAGCAUUUAACGGAAUUAAACAUUUAUUUCAUACUUGAGGGUGUUUGGGGGAUAAAAUUGACUAAGAUGCAAUCAUUUGAAAUACUGACAGAAUUGCAUCAGCUUGUCACUUUUAAAAAAGAUUGGUCUUGUAUAUAAAAUCAGGUCACAACAUGCUGGCAUUACGAAUCAAAUUGACAAGAUUGUGUUCAGUGUAACACUAUUUCUGCAAUCCGAAUAUGGGAAUAUUCAACGCAUUAGUGCCAUGUGUGCGGACAAAGAGGAUGGCAAGUUUAGAAAAUGCAUUCUGUAUUACAUACUUUAUCGAUUACUUAACUGUUCUUUAUUGUUAUUCUAUGUGAGUGGGCAGGUUACAGUUUGUAUUUUUUCGAUUAUUUUGACUCAGCAGAGAUUGCUAUCGUUUGAAAAUCUCGAAAGAAGCUACCUAAUCAUGGGGAAUUUGCAAUAUACAUUUCUACCUAGAGAUUUCAUAGACUCUUAAUUGUUUUGUAGUAUUUUUAACCUAAGUUAUGUAAUUUACCCUUUAAACACUUAUUAUGAUUAUCGAGCUCUUUGAAGUCUUCGGAAGACAUGGAUAGCUCGAAGCCAAUCUGAACUAUUUUAAAAGAUUGUACCACGGCACUACCUAAAAACAAAGUUUUGCUAGCAAGAAUGAAUUAUUAAUUUAUUCUACAUGCUGCUUUGUUGAAAAUAUUUAGACAUUUCCGCCAACAACUUAAACUGCCUAUAGAAAAUGCACAUUAAUGUGUAGAUGAACACGCUAAUUACUACCCUACCUUAUCUAAGGAAAGAGAGUCAUUUAUCGUGCUGGUGUUAUAGCGUAGAUUUUGAAUUGCACUGAGUAUAAUCUUCAUGUACGUCUUGUAAUAUCUUGCUGUUAUCAAUAUGCUCGUUUUCCUUGUGUUCCUCGUGUGAAUAUAGACAAAUUCGUGUGUGUCCACGCCAUUGUUGUUGAAAUCAACAGAAGAAUAAACAAGGUGGCUCAUUCUCUCAC